UUCCAGGACCCUAUUUCGUGGGUCCCCGCUCCCUGUUCCCGAGCCCAGCACCUCCCGAUCGGGGUGACCCCCGUCCCACCUCCCGGUGUCCCCACCCCUCUCGGCGCGGCGGCUGGGCUGGGCGCCCGGGCGGAGCCGCUCUUGGCCUUUUUUGGGCGUUUCCCCCGCUGGGCGCCCCGGACCUGCUGACGGGCGCCGGGUCGGCGGCGGCGAGAGAGUCCGGAGGCCACCCGGGUCCGGCGAGCGCAGUCACCAUGACGGGAAGCAACAUGUCCAACGCCUUGGCCAAUGCCGAAUGCCAGCGCUGCCAGGCCCGCUUCACCCCUGCCGAGCGCAUCGUCAACAGCAAUGGAGAACUGUAUCAUGAGCACUGUUUCGUGUGUGCUCAGUGCUUCCGGCCGUUCCCCGAGGGACUCUUCUAUGAGUUCGAAGGCCGAAAGUACUGUGAACACGAUUUCCAGAUGCUGUUUGCUCCAUGCUGCGGAUCCUGCGGUGAGUUCAUCAUCGGCCGUGUCAUCAAGGCCAUGAACAACAACUGGCACCCGGGCUGCUUCCGCUGCGAGCUGUGUGACGCGGAGCUGGCUGACCUGGGCUUCGUGAAGAAUGCGGGCAGGCACCUGUGCCGGCCAUGCCACAACCGGGAGAAAGCCAAGGGCCUGGGCAAGUACAUCUGCCAGCGCUGCCACCAGGUCAUGGACGAGCAGCCCCUCAUGUACAAGAGCGAUGCCUACCACCCUGACCAUUUCAACUGCACCAACUGCGGGAAGGAGCUGACCGCUGAGGCCCGGGAGCUGAAGGGCGAGCUCUACUGUCUGCCCUGCCAUGACAAGAUGGGCGUCCCCAUCUGCGGGGCCUGUCGCCGGCCCAUCGAGGGCCGCGUGGUCAAUGCACUGGGCAAGCAGUGGCACGUGGAGCACUUCGUCUGUGCCAAGUGUGAGAAGCCAUUCCUGGGCCACCGGCACUAUGAGAAGAAGGGGCUGGCGUACUGCGAGACCCACUACAACCAGCUCUUUGGGGACGUCUGCUACAACUGCAGCCAUGUGAUCGAGGGGGACGUGGUGUCAGCCCUCAACAAGGCCUGGUGUGUGAACUGCUUCUCCUGCUCCACCUGCAACAGCAAGCUCACCCUGAAGAACAAGUUUGUGGAGUUUGACAUGAAGCCCGUCUGUAAGAAGUGUUACGAGAAGUUUCCCCUGGAACUGAAGAAGCGGCUGAAGAAGCUAUCUGAACUGACCUCCCGCAAGACACACCCCAAGUCCGUGGGCCAUAACUCGGCCUGAGAGGCCCCCUGCUGCCCGCCUCUCUCUUCCUGCUGCCUGUCUCUGCCUCUGCUGUCUCCGGGGUGCCGCCUCCACGCCUGCCUCUUCCCCCAGGACCCCUGCAUCUGCCCCCUCUCCUGCCUUCACUCCUCUCCCUUACCCUGUUUCCCCUCCUCCCCUCCCCCCUCCCCCUCACAGUGGCUCCUCCCCUUCUUUCCUUGAGGGGCAAUGGAGAGAGAGAGAGAGAGAGAGCUGGGACCAGCUUGUGACAGCCAGAAGCCAUCCAGGGAUAGAAGCAUGGCAGGACCUCUGGUCACCUGGCCCUGGACAUGGGCCCUAGCUCCCAGCCCUGCCCCUCCUGACCAGAACAUCCCUGCAGGGGACCUGGAGGCUCCUGUUUCCCUGAAGGAACUUGGCCAGCCUCUCCCCAGCACACAGAGCACACGGCUUAUAGGGCAGCCCAGUUAUAUGGAUGGAGCCCUGGAGGAACGCUCUCAGCACUCUUGGCUACACACGCACUCGAACACAGAAAGUCCCUGUGCCCAAGCCGGCCACUGCAGCCCACACAUCAGCAGGAGGAACGAGGCCCCUGAGAAUGAAAGCUGCCCGGACCUUCCACCCCAUAUCUGGAGCCUCUGUCGGCCUCCAGGGCACAACCUGAGCUUGUGGGUGAGGUUGGGGACCAGGUCAGAACAGGUGGGAUGGGGUCAGUGGGUGGCGCCUUGCUUCCCUCCAGACAACACAGGGCCUGGUGUUGGGAGUCGCUCUCUUGCACAGUGAAUGAAGCCUUAUUGA